CCAGGUGCGGAUAAGGGGAGGUGAAGGGGAGGGAGGACACGGAGGGGGAGAGGGGGUGAGAGAGGAGGUGACUCUCCGGCAGCAUUUAGACACAACGAAAGGAUCAUGGCGGAUGGCCCCAGGUGUAAGCGCAGAAAGCAGGCGAACCCGAGAAGGAACAACGUGACCAACUACAAUAAUGUGGUGGAGGCUGGCACAGACUCAGACGAUGAGGACAAGUUGCACAUCGUGGAGGAGGAAGGCAGCCUGGCGGAUGGGGCGGACUGUGACAGCACCCUACCAGACGACGAGCACCCCAGGGAGCACUGGGACCGAGUGAAAGAAGACUGCGUGUCAGACGGCGAGGAUGACGUGAGCACGGACGCCUUGGUGGAGGAGAUGCUUCAACAAGGUGACACAGCCGUCAUUUACCCAGAAGCCCCGGAGGAGGAGCUGCAACGCCACGGCACCCCCGACGCAAGCAUUCACGAUGAAAACGGAACUCCCGAUUCCUUCUCUCAGCUGCUCACCUGUCCCUACUGUUCAAGGGGCUACAAACGUUACAGCUCCCUCAAGGAGCACAUCAAGUAUCGGCACGAGAAGACCGAAGAAUGCUUCAGCUGCCCCGAGUGCAGCUACACUUUUGCACAUCGCGCACAACUGGAGAGACACAUGACGGCCCACAAGCCGGGAAGGGAUCAGAGACACAUCACACAGUCGGGAGGCAAUCGCAAAUUCAAGUGCACUGAAUGUGGCAAAGCGUUUAAAUAUAAGCACCAUCUCAAGGAGCACCUACGCAUUCACAGUGGAGAAAAACCCUACGAGUGCUCCAACUGCAAGAAGCGGUUCUCCCAUUCAGGCUCCUACAGCUCGCACAUCAGCAGCAAGAAGUGCAUCAGCCUCAUCGCGGUCAACGGCAGACAGCGAGUGGGCAACAGCAAAGCCCAGACCCAGGCUCAGACUCCAAUCCUUCCCACGUCGCCCUCUGUCCUGCGCACGCAGAUUCGAGAGAAGCUGGAGCACAGCAAGCCCCUCCAGGAGCAGCUGCCCCUCAACCAGAUCAAAAGCGAGCCUAUGGACUAUGAAUACAAACCCACGGUGAUGACCUCCCCAGCUCUGGCUAGCGUGAACGGCGGCGUUUACAGCGGAGGGGCCGCGGCCCCUCUGCAGGGCACGGUGCAAGCUGUCGUCCUGCCCAACGUGGGACUGGUGUCGCCCAUCAGCAUCAAUAUAGCGGACCUGCAGAACGCCCUCAAAGUGGCCGUGGACGGGAACGUUAUUCGCCAAGUCCUGGAGAGCAACGCCAAAGGCCAGGGUCAGGCCAGCUUGGGGUUAACCACUGGAACGCUCCACCCCUCCCAGCAGCAGCUCAUCUCAGCCAUCACUUUGCCUAUCGUGGGCCAGGACGGAAACGCAAAAAUCAUCAUCAACUACAAUUUGGACCCCACCCAGGGCCAGCUCACGGCGCAAAACCUUAAGAAAGAGCACGAGCCCUUCUCGGCGGCUCCGCCAACCGCAGAGUCUUUCAAGUGUCAGAAACUCCCCGAAGAUCUGACCAUCAGGAGCACGAGGGCCACUGAUCCAAAAGAAGAGGAUAAAACCACUAAAACGUGUCUCCUGUGUGAUAAUUGUCCCGCCGGGCUGGACGGACUGCACGGCCUCAAACACUGCAAGAAAGAAAGUCUCCGACUCAACGGGGAGUCCGCCGUUGCUGCCCUGUUGUCAGAGGGAGGACUUUCCAACCAGCCCAAGAACCUCUUGUCCCUGCUCAAGGCCUACUUUGCCUUAAACGCGGAGCCCACCAAGGAAGAGCUGGCCAAGAUCUCCGACUCGGUCAGCUUACCAAUUCAUGUGGUCAAAAAGUGGUUUGACAAAAUGCAGGAGGGCCAAAUAUCACUCGGUGCGCCGACACCCCCUUCGGAGGAGGAGGAUGCUUGCGAUACCAACAGCGUGGUCUCGCUGAUCCAAGGGAAGGCCUCCAGGAGUCCUUCUGCGACUCAGGACAGUCCAACAGAAGCAACCCCGGCGGAGGUCAACGGCAGCCACAGCUCCCCGGCCUCUCCUCUACCACUCAACCUUCGGGGCGACGGUCUCCUCCAAGACUGGCCCCCUCACAGCACCGACGCACCGCUCGACCUGUCCCUGCCAAAGCCCGACAAAGAGGAAACCGAGGCCGCGGUCGUCAAAGCCCGCAAUCACCCCUCGCCUUCCUCCGUCUGCACCAAUCCGGUUGAACCUUUGAACUUAACUUGCACAAAGAAAGAGGCGUCGCCACUCUCGCGUGUGGGCUCCAGCCCCAUCGCACUGUACGCCAGCCCGCCAAGUGCCAAACCCCUCAAUAUUGUGACCACUCAACUCCCCACGCUGGUGGCCAUCGGCGACCAGAGCCGCAUGCAAUGUCUAAGGGCGCUUACCACCAACAACAAACAGACUAUCCUGAUCCCUCAGCUGGCGUACACCUAUACCACUACGGCUAACAGCCCUGCUGGAACCGAAACGCAGGAAACCAUCCACCUCAACGGGAUUAAGGAAGAGAAGCAGGACACAAGCUCGGAGGGCAUGUCCGCCGUGGAGGAACACAACGACUCUGAUUCGGGCCCCCUCCGGAAGAAGAUGAAGAAGACGGACAGCGGCAUGUACGCCUGCGACCUGUGCGACAAGAUCUUCCAGAAGAGCAGCUCGCUGCUCAGACACAAAUACGAGCACACAGGGAAACGACCACACGAGUGCAGCAUUUGCACCAAGGCGUUCAAACACAAACACCACUUAAUCGAGCACAUGCGCCUCCACUCGGGGGAGAAACCCUACCAGUGCGACAAGUGCGGCAAACGCUUCUCCCACUCGGGCUCGUACUCCCAGCACAUGAACCAUCGCUACUCCUACUGCAAGAAGGAGUCUCAGAGCCAAGGCGGAGGCCGGGACAGCCCGGAGGAGGACGCGCUGAGCCGGGUGCGGGGCUCGCACCUCGCUCCCUUCCAGAUGGACUCGGACGAGCGAGGGAGCAGCACCAGAGAAGACGAGGAAAGCGAAGAGUUUGAGGAGGAGGAGGAGGAAGGCGCGGUGGACAUGGGCGACAUCCAGGUGGUGCAGAUUGGGGACGAAGGAGGGGACGACGGCGACGAGGCGGAGGAGAAGGCGGCCGAGGCGCAGGAGGACGCCGACACGAGACAAGAACGCGCCGCCAAGGGAGACGGGGCGACGGCAGCGCCGCGGGAAGAAGCGCGGGAGGAAGAGGAGGUCACGAGAGAGGGCGGGGGAGACGCGGACGCGGCUUGCGAAGAAGACGAGAGGCGGGAAAAAGGAGACGGCGACUAAAAGACGGGAGGAGCCGUCAAGACUGCCGCUCGCUCGCUUCAGUUCACUACUGUGUCGAAAUCCAGGUGUGCCUGAAAAUUGAAACAGAGGAAAAUACUCGUGACUUUUCCGCAGGAAGAAAAAGAUUUCUCAAGUCCAUUUGUAAAGAGAAAAAAAAAA